GUAAAAGGAUACAUUUCAAAUUACGUUCUGAACUGUCAAUAAAAAGACACCAUUCGUCUGUUGUGUAUUUUAACAAACCCAGUUUUUUCUAAAAAAAAAACAGGUCAUUUUCCUGAGGGAAAAAUGCAGCACACCCUUAUAUUUUACGAUGCAACAUUAAUAUCUGAAUAAAGUAAAUGAUUUUCAUUUGGUUUGGAGGCAAGUAAUUUGGAAGACUCCUUUGAAAGGUUCAGGAUUCGGUCCUUGUUAAUCUCAAAAACUAGAGCAGCUGCGAAUCAAAAAUAUUUCAAUUUAGUUCUGACUCUUCCGGCACCAAGACAAUGAUGGCCAUUUGUCGAUAGGUUACAUUAGAGAAGAAUAAUCUACCUGUAAAAUUUAUCGAGGUACUAAUCUAAAAAGACAAAUAGAAUUGAAUAGACCAAAACGUAUUUAUUGUUGAAAGUUUAGAUGAAUGUGAAGUUCUAUAUAAAUAAAAAAAUAACCUAGAUUCGUAAAUAAUCACACCUUAAUGAAGAGAUCCAUCACUAGUUUGAAAAAUAAAUCCAAAAGUCGCAGGAGGCACUGAUGUUUUCAAAAUUUGACAGUGACAGCAUAUUAAAACCACAAAUUCAUAAGAUCCAUUAUCAAAAUUACAGUAAUUAAUAAAAAAAUAUCGAACUCUUAAACAAAAAUGUGCUCUCCGUCUGGUCCUUGCUCUCCCUUAGCACCUCCUUGUGGACCAGUUUGUUCGACGCCAUCUCCUGUAAACCCAUGUCCUGUUUGCCCAGCUUGCGUCAAAAAUACUGAUAUGAGUGAAUGUAUGCAAAAAGAAGCCAUAGAUUGUGCCCAAUGCGCUUUGGCCAUGUACCAACACGAGAAAGAUGUAGCAACUUAUAUCAAAAAAGAGUUUGACAAAAGAUACUGCCCUAGCUGGCAUUGUUUCGUUGGAAAAAACUUUGGAACUUACAUUUCACAUGAGACUACAACGUUUAUAUAUUUUUACAUUGGACAGAAUGCUUUUAUUUUGUUUAAAAGUGGUUAAAAUUAGAAUCAAAUAUGUAGUGUAAGAAUGGGGUCCAUUUGGACAGUAUACUGGCAGUGGCGUCACAUAUUUGGCUGUAUUACUAGUAGGCAUUUUACGUACUGAUUUGAAACACUGUAUCUUAAAAUAAAAAUUUUUGAAAGUUU